GCUCUAAGCUGCCUUCGUAGGGCUGAAAAUCAUAAUCUCCAGAGUCUGGAGAGAUGGGUAGCCAUGGGUGUGCAUGGUUAGAUUUAUUAGAUUUUUUUUUAUAAGUAAAGCCGUGGCCUUCGUAGAAACGCACAACAUGAGAAUCAGAGUCAGUUAUCAGUUGCUGCCAUUAAAAGAAUCAAAUCCGUGCCUCUUAUGUUAUACGACACCAACAGAAUAUCGUUACCUACAGGAAUCUAACCUAACAUAUUGACCUUAUCGUGUCUAACUAAUCCCCAUCUUUUUCUUCCCUGUCAUACUUAUUCCUCGCACUCGACCACCAUGCAUCUAAUACUUACCGGAGCCACUGGCCUGGUAGGCUCCGGCGUUCUCGAUGCCAUGAUCAAAAUGAAGGAUGUCAGCAAGAUCUCUAUUCUUAGCCGCCGGCCUGUCAAGAUGGUUGAGGACGUCAAGGACCCUAGGGUUCGUGUUAUUCUCCACAAGGACUUCGAGAAGUAUGAUUCCGAGCUACUCUCUCAGCUCAAGGGAGCUUCGGGUUGCGUAUGGGCCCUAGGUAUCAGUCAGACACAAGUCAGCCCCGAGGAAUAUGUGAAGAUCACCAAGGACUACACUUUGGCGGCAUCAGAAGCCUUUCAGAAGCUAGGCUCCGAAGAGGAACCCUUCAAUUUCGUUUACGUCUCUGGGACGGGUGCAACAACACAGCCGGGCCGGUUCUCUGCUAUAUUUGCCCGGGUUAAGGGCGAGACUGAAUUGGCGCUGGCUGAGAUGCGCAAAACGAACCCAUCUUUUCAUGCAAGCUCAAUUCGCCCAGCAUUUAUUGAUGCCGCCAAUCACGAUGCUAUCAAGCCCUACAUUCCAGUCAAGACGCCCCUAUAUAAGGCUGCUUUUGCACUUUUAGGGCCACCGAUGAGGUAUGGCGCCAAGACGUACUGGAGCCCUACGCAGGACCUAGGACGCUUUUUGACAGAAAUGGCCAUGGGACGAUAUAAGGAUCAGUUCAAGGCAAAGGAUAUACAGAUGGAAGGUGAAUUCCCGAUUCUGGAGAAUUCGGCGUUCAGGCGAUUAUCAGGCCUCAGCCGUUAGCAAGAGAACACUGGAUUUCAUUUCAGCUGCUUUGGCAGUGAGAUAUUCAAGUAUAUACCUGAGGAGAUCAUAUCACUGUACUACUACUUUAUAGAUAACCAGCGGGUAGAUGUCCUUUCUUAACUUGUA